AUGCUGUUCCGAACAUCAGCCCUCUCGGUAGCCGUGUUGAGUAGUGUACAUCUCUCAGAUGCACUAUCCAUAUCGACGUCCGACAGUCCUUACAACAAGAUUCGUGUCCGCCAAGAAGAUACCGAAAACCCAGAAGCAAGUGCUUGCGGCUAUAUCAUCGACAACGUUAAUGAGGGAUACGCUUAUCACUAUGCAUCCGAUGCAUACCUUUGUCUGACCAGUGUACCUUUCAACCCUGCUGUUGCCACUCGCUUCAUCACGUACAUCAACGACACUGUGCAAUUUCAAAGCACUCUCGCAUAUCUCCGGGAACCUCCAGCUGGAUAUCAGCAGCCCGCUGUGGAUAUCCUGUCAGGAUUGAUACAAAUUCAGAACAAUAUCACGGCGGAAGUCUACAAGAACCAAUAUGAAUUUGAGGUUGACGUACAGCAUUUGCUGGACAGUGCUCAUGAUGGCCACCUGUAUCUGAGAGGCGGCAUUAUGGCGGCUUUCUCCUUCCUCGCGCCGUAUUCUAUCACCGCUGCCUCACCGGACGACGCAAGUCUACCGAAGCUUUACCUCACAGACGACCUAGUAAGAAGCCGAGACGAAGGUUGGACGCCUUCUGCAAUUGCUAAAAUCAAUGACAUGGAUGCUGUCGAGUACGUCACAAAAUUGGCGAGCAUCAAUGCCGUUGGUGGUAUAGAACCAAACGCCGACUGGAACCAAGUGUUUUACACACCUGCCCUGGCCAUUCAGGGAUCCGGUGGUAUCUGGGACAGUGGCGUACGCUUCUAUCCAGGAGACGAGAUUGAGUUGGUCAUGGAGAAUGGGACCGAAUACCUUGAUUACUGGCUUGCGCUCUGGAAUGAGCCGUACAAGACAGGUCCACUCACGACUGGCGGAGAUCUCUACAACUACUUCGUUCUGAACUUCUUGCCCGCCUCAUAUGACUCGAGCGGAAGCUUUUACAACGCAGCAUAUGAUCCCGGUCAAGAUGCCGAGAACACGACUGAACCUGUUGUUGUGCCUACACCUGAGCAGUCUUGGUUUACCAAAUCCAACGGAGCAUAUCCCAAUCCUGAUGUUCGACAAGAGGGUCUCGCAGUUCGCACCGAUGGUGUUGUUUCCGGCUACUUCCUACCACAGGUUGAUGCUGCGACACUCAGCAUCCCUUCGUUUUCACAAUACUCUGACUCGAUCGAGGACUUCAGCGGUGCUGUAUCAGCCUUCAUCGGCAAUACAACCCAACAAGGCUUGAAGAGAGUUGUGAUAGACCUUCAACAGAACACCGGUGGUACUGUGGAACUUGCCUUUAGCACCUUCAAGAGAUUUUUUCCGAACGCGGAUCCUUUUGCAGGAAGCAGGCGCCGAAAUCAUCAUCUCGGGGGCAUUAUAGGCGGAGCAUACACAUCGUACUUCGAUAGUCUUAAUCCUAGCGAUCCUGACUAUGAGUACCUUCUGGCUGCUGAAUGGGUGGUUACUCCCAGACUCAACGCUGCAACGGGCCAAAACUUCACUAGCUGGGCUGAAUACACAGGACCUGUGCAGGAAAAGGGCGAUUCCUUCUCGCUCACAGAGCGUUACAAUCUUUCGAACUCCGAGUUCAGUUCAGCUUUAUUCGAAGGCUGGGUGCCAUUGGGUUAUUCUCCUGACAAUCCCCUGGGGUACACGACGCCACCAUUCGCGGCUGAGAAUAUUGUUGUAUUGACAGAUGGAGCUUGUUCAUCCACAUGCGCUCUUCUAGUCGAGAUGUUCAAGCAGGUCGGCGUUCGAACCAUUGCAGUAGGUGGACUUCCAGCCACCGGUCCUAUGCAAGCUGUAGGAGGAAAUCGUGGCGCCGCGAUUCACUCCGCCGACCAAAUCGACUAUGACCUCGGACUCAUCUCUAUUCCUGAGUUCAAUGUUGAUAACGCAACAUUGGCCACGGUUCCUCAGCUCUCCGAUGAUGGCUUCCGAGAUUCUGGUGUUUUCACAGCAGCCCUUGGCAUCAACCUCAGGGACCAGGUCCGACCCAACGAUACAGAGCCACUCCAAUUCAAAUACGAACCCGCCGAUUGCCGCAUCUUCUAUACCCUAGCAAAUGCGUUCAACUACACCCGCUUGUGGUCUGAUGCUGUCACAGCCACCUUUGACGACACUUCAAAGUGCGUCUCAGGCUCCACGGGCUUUUCGAGCUCAAACAAGACUGCGCCAGGACCUGCGCCAGCCGCACCAGCUCCACUUAGUCUCAGCGUCGCCCAGCCUGAUGCUUCAAUAGACGAUGAGAACCUCGAUGAGUCGGGUGGUCCGCAGAACGUAGGGACGCCUGCACAGAGCUUCACCAUCGACUACUGCUUACCCACUGGAGGCUGUGCAUUUCCCCGUGUCCAGCGAUGCGAACCUGUCCCAGCGACCAUCUGCGGCGUCACCAAAACAUACCAAUUGUGUCUCCCACAGACACAAGACCCGAACGUGUGUGACCCUACGACUGCAGAGUGGGAGCAAACCUUUGUCGAGGCAGGGCGUGGUAGUCUUAGGCGAAGACUUUUGCCUACUUCUUUGGUGCCACCGAGGAGGCUUCCUGCCACAAGCCAGCCAGUGGGUGGAGCGCCUGCGUCGCCCCCCAGGUUUGGUGUGACGAGAGCCAAUGAACCGCAGCAACAAGUCAAGAGGUAUGGGCGAUGUAGGCCGAAGAAAGGCAAGAACUUGAGGCUUCGUUCAUGUCGCACCUAA